ACAUCAAUUCUCAGCGCAGCCGCGGCAUUCUUCACCGAGCUGUAGACGUCUACUGCACGCGCCACUACACUACGCCUCGCCUUCAUAAAGAAAAAUCCUUACCAGUAUAUUAUACCCCUGUUUUUAAAAGGAACAAAUAGUGGAAGAAAACACGUUAACAAUGUUGUCUUUGUGGCCGGUGACGGCGCUACUAUUCCUGGCCCCCAGUGUUCUUUGCCACACGAUCAGUGACACUACGAGAGUUUGUUUGGCGACCUACAACAAGGAUUUUAACAAUGAACUUCUGCUUGGGAAAUGGUACUACGUUUACAAAUUCUCUAUUUGGCUCAACUUGCCUCCUUCGAGAUCAUGCAACGAAGUUUCUUUCCAGCGACCGACUAAUGAAGAUCUAAACAAUUACAAGAACUACUUCAAUAAAAACGAUAUGCCAUAUUCGUUCGAGGAUGAUUCAAUUGCAUUCUCAGUGUUAAACACUGACCCACCAGAUAAUAAAUUUUUCGAUGGACUCUUCUUAGGAGGUAGAGAAGCGAAAUUUUUCGUUCGUCAUCCUGUGAAUAACGCAAAUCGGGAAACAUAUGACGUACGUGUAUUCAGGUACAUAAACGAUGAAUACCUGAUACACGAGGAUUGCGCCCUACGCGGACACACCAGGUGGCUCAUAUCGCGCAAGAGGAACCCGACCGACGAGGAGCUGCAGAAGAUCAUAGCCAGCCAGUACGACUUGAAGAGACUGGAGUCACAAAAGCACUGCUCCCUCAUAUAAGGGCAUUAAAAUAUAUCAUGAUAAAUCGCAAACUAUUUCAUUCAUAAGCGGACUUUGUA